AACUGAAUAGGCAUUUUUGUCCUUACAACUUCUUCAACAGCCCAAAUAUCUCUCUCCCAACUGUCUUUUCAGCGGGAACCCCAUCCCUCACCCUCAAUUCUCUCCGCUCUAUCCUCCGGCGUCAUGGCCGUCGUUCUCGGAAAUUUAGCUCUGUUGCUUGACUUGGCCUCGCCUCGGACCCUACUAGCGGACCGCAAGAGCCGUCCGGUGGCGCUCGACGUCGUUUUGAACCUGCCGAAGAGAUUCGACCCUCACGCUUCCUACUACGCUUCUAUUGCUUCCAAGAGCUUCGACUCGGACGGGGAGGCUCGGAACAAGCGAGUCGUUGCCCGUGGCAAGGCGAAUUCGAAGGUCAACGGCGUGGAUUUCGAUGCGGGAUCAAGCGACGAAGAGGGAGAGGAGGAGCCGUUCGAUUGGGAGAAGGAAAUGCGGAGGAGAGUGAAGGAGAUCGAGGAGAGGAGGGAGUUGGAGAAGAAAGCGGAGGAGUUGCAGAGUCGACUGGAGGAUGGUGAAGGUGAGGGUAAAGAAGAGACCGAGGAGGAGAAGAGGAUGAGAGUUAAAAAAGAGCUCGAAAAGGUGGCUAAGGAACAGGCGGAGCAGAGAGCCACGGCACAGCUGAUGUUCGAGUUGGGCCAAAAGGCUUAUGGAAAGGGAAUGUACGGACGGGCCAUUGAGUUUCUUGAAGGUGCCCUCACUAUCAUCCCUAGGCCUACACUCUUUGGUGGUGAGAUUCAAAUAUGGCUUGCUAUGGCGUACGAAGCCAAUAACCGCCAUGCAGAUUGUAUUGACCUCUACCAGCAAUUGGAAAGGAAGCACCCAAGUGUCAGCAUCCGACGCCAAGCUGCAGAGCUUCGUUACAUUUUGCAGGCACCGAAGCUAAAGAUUUCCCAAGAGGAGAUGGUUACUAUACCGCUCAUUGGUUCUAGUUAUGACAGCUAUGCUGGAACAUGGAGUGAUAAAUACAAGGACAAGGAUGAAAGGAGAAGUUGGUCAACAACCAAUCAGCUUCCAUCAUCCAGAGACUAUCUUAGUGACUUUCUGGUAUGGCGGCCUCCUAGUGGAGUUGAGAACAGUAGAGCUCUCUGGGUGGCUUUGACAUUAUGGUUGGGCUUGGUUGGAGCUGCCCUCUUCCUUCAGAGAUGAAUCAUAUAUGCAUAUAGUAUCGGUAUUUGUCCAUUCAUGACGUGUUCAUUAAAAACUAUAGGUUGGUACUUCGUUCUAAAUUGUAAUUUUAAGCUUGUAUGUAUGAAGUAGAUGUAUUUCUUACAUUUCCUAUAGUUCGUGGAAUGUAAUUCUUUCAUCUUUUCUUUUGA